CAACAUGACGACGGUGAAAAAGCUACAGCAUCGAUUGCUCCGCACCGAACGCACCAAGAUAUCGCUUAGAAAGAGCCAGGCUGCUGCUCAUGCAAAGACAAAAGAGCCAACGACAGGAAUACCACCCCGAUUAUGGGGCCACCUCAUACCACCCAUGCCUGUCGUCACUUCAACCAUCUAUCGUCAUUACGCUAAAGGUACGACUGUGACUCUUCCGUAGCCCGGCAUAUCCGCUCAAGAAGCUCUCACACAAGACGAGUGUAUUAAUGCAUAAUGCAACACUCUAUGCCAACAACAACAACAACAACAAUGUUAACAGGUCCACCCGCCAAAUCCUGGUCACUGACAUUCGACCUGGCUAUUGCAAUCGUGUCAGACCUACUGAGACGCUCCAGCAGCAAAACGGUCGAAGAUCUGCAAAGGCUAUCCACCACCAAAGGCGCGCCCGUACCGUCGGACAUGAAACGACACAAAGUACUCCUUCCUCAAGACUAUCGGGUUCGGGCUGGGAAUCACUUGGGCUGCUUAUUCACUGCCCAAGACGAGCAGGCCAUUGGCUGGGACUGGAAGAGCGACAAGAAGCGGGUCAAGGAGCUCAAGGGCGAAUGGAUGCAGCCCAAAAAGGUGAGCAGCCCAUUGAAAAGGACGAUCCUGUAUCUUCACGGUGGUGCGUACUAUUUAGGCUCAUAUGGGCUGUAUCGCAACCUGCUGGCCAGGCUUGCAAAGUUGUCAGAUGCUCGAGUAUUUGCCAUCAACUACCGAUUGGCACCCCAACACCCCUUUCCAGCGGCUGUUGAGGAUGCAUUGGCGGCGUAUCUGUACAUGCUCGACCCACCUGAAGGGAUUGACCCCGUUGAUCCUAACUCGAUCGUUGUCGCAGGAGACAGCGCUGGAGGCGGAUUGUCUCUGUCACUCUUGCUAGCGCUUCGCGAUGCUGGGUUACCGUUGCCGGGUGGUGCCAUGACUUUAUCACCAUGGGUGGACCUGACUCACAGUUUACCGUCCAUCAUCAACAACAUCUCCACCGACUAUUUGCCCCCGACAGGCUUCAAACACGCACCCUCGAAAGCACAAGACUAUACUCUCCUACCACCUCUGAAAAGGACAUGCAGCAUCGGCCCAUUUGCUGAAUCAGAUUUAGAUCGUGUUCAGUUCUAUGCCGACAACAGGGUCCUAAAACAUCCGCUUGUCAGUCCGGUCUUUGACAAGAAGAGUUUGCGCGGUUUGCCGAAGCUGUUGAUACAGACAGGCACAGCCGAACGUUUACACGAUGAAGCCGUUUAUGCUGCACUUUUGGCCAGCGAUCCGCUUUUCUCCUGCAACGACAAGAAAGAUGACAAGGGUGACGACGAUCGCACAGACGUUACACUCGAGAUCUAUGUGGACCAGCCCCACGUGUUUCAGAUUAUUCUACCUACACGAUCAUCCACCUGCGCCAUCAAACGACUAGCAGAUUUCGUACGAGACGCUACCGUGCAAGAAGACAUAGAAACAUCACCGGAUAGUAAUACAACGAAGGGAUCCAAAUUAAAGGUACACACUAUAUCGCCACGCGGCAAUAUCAGCGAAACCAAGAACGAACUGUUGGACACGUUCAAGGAUGGAACCAAAUGGACGGAUUGGCAGGCUUCCUUGGCCAAAGAGAGUCUCCGUAGUCGGUUAGAGGAUGUAGAAGCAGCUGUCGCAAAGCUAGAUGUUUGAAUAGCCUGCUCCCUCAACAAGUAUAGUUUUUGAUAGUUGAUGUGCGUCUCCCUCACACCUCUUUCGAACAAGUAUAAUCCAUCUCUUUUGAUCAUGACUUCUGUACUAUUUCUACUUUGUCGGUUGACUUUUUAGUUUAAGAAAAAAGCGAUUUCAG